AAUGGAGGUAGCUUCCAUUCUCUCCCAAACCUGUGUCGAACGAGGAAACAAAGCGUCAAACUAGAUUAAUUUCCAGUAUUUUAGCAGCGUAUUCUGCAACAAAACCUGUAGGUUCGUUGUUGCACUAUUGCCGGGGAAAUGAAUUUGUAGUAUUUGGAGGAUGGAAGAUCUAUCGCGCUCGCCUUUAACCCUUUACAUCCCAUGAUACUGAGACAAUCGAGUUAAAGAUGAUGCGCCGAGUCCCCAACACCAGCAGUGACUACUGCAUGAGUAGUAGGCCGUCAUGCUUAGCUGAAGACAGCCGCCACCUCGCCUCUCACUUCGACCUGUGCUCCACGCAGGCCAGCAAAUUCUACCCCUCCAUCCCUCUGCCUGGACAGAUGUCUCUGUCCCCACUGUCCUCCUGUCAGAACACACUCAAGCCAAUGACCUGUCAGCGACAGGACCACCAUGGUGAUGCCCACCCUCCAGCAAUGGGGAUCAAGAACAAUGACCAAAAGCCGGAGGACUCAAAGAAAAAAAAGACUCCAGGCAGGUCGGGCAAAAGGGGCCGCCCGGCCGGAACUACCAAGGCCGCCGGGUACAGAACCAGCACCGGAAGGCCACUGGGCACCACAAAAGCGGCAGGCUUCAAAACGAGUCCCGGGAGGCCCAUAGGCACGACCAGAGCUGCUGGUUACAAAGUGAGCCCAGGCCGCCCGCCGGGAAGCAUCAAGAACCUCUCUCGCCUCACCAAACUGGGCUAUGGAACCUGCAGCAGCGCCGCAUUCCCAUACAGUGCCAUGCACAAGAGAGGUGUGUGUGAAUCAGUGGCCAAAGAGAAAGAAACUAACGAGUAAACAAAAAUACACAUGUAUACAUAUUUUUAUCUGGUGCUUGUGAAAAAAAGCAUGUUUUGUUGUCAAGUAUGGAUGUGUGUUUAUACUUUUGUCAGGACUCUGUGUCAUGUAAAUAACUAUGGAACCCUACAUUGUGUGUGAAACAAAAUCAUUGUUGGUAUCAUACUAUUUUUCUGGAUAUUGAAGUGUUUAAUUUUUGAAAUGCUACUUGUUUGGUUGCGUUGGCAUGAAUUUGCCCUCUUUUUGCCUCACCAUGAGGUGCACUCUGCUGUUGAGAUAAAUGGACACUUCUGCUCUGGAGUGUAAUGUAGCCAGAUUUAUGUUGGAGCCAAUUUUACUGACCUCUGUAAAAGAGCUCAUAUUUGAAAAACGCCUAAUUUGUUUAAACACCUAAAACAAGUUUCAAGUUCUAAGUAGUUUAUUCUUAGAUGUGUGUUUUGAAAGAAAUCUCAACAAAAUACUCCAAUGAGCAGCAUGAGAUGAAUUUGGUGGCAGCAUCCUUGAAAGAAUUAUGUUUUGAGAUGGCAUAUUGGUCAGGUAGACUGCAUGGCACCACCUCAAAAUCUGCAAAAUAUUAGUGUUGUAGGUCUACUCAUACGGCACAAACAAAAGCUUAAAAAGCUUUUUAAAAGUUUGUUUGACUGAGAUUUUCCCUGACAACUCUUCAAAAAAAUAUUCCAACUCCUAGUUUGGCAGCCCAGCUGACACAUUCUUUUGUCCAUGCUGUUGGCCAAUAAGGGCCUAUUAGAUGACAUUCAAACCUAGUCUUAUCAUGAAGUAGUAAAAACGUGAAUGUACAAUUUCAGAAUGUGGUAAUGGUCACCCCCUGAGGUACCAGAAUGUGAGAAUGUGUGUGGAUUGAUCUUACUCUUUACCGGUGCAGUCCAUGAUUCUACAGUAGUAAAAGGCUUUCGAAGUUCAAGUUCAACAGCCAAUCAAAUCCCACCCCUCCCUUCCAUACUCCUUAGCUGAAAUUGUUUUUGUCUGAGCCAGGACUGAACAUCUGACAAAAGAUUUUGACAUUUGACAAACAAGUGGAUUUGAUUAUAAUUAUGGUCUAUCACCAUGUCAAGAGACAUUCUGUAUGAUCUGUGGUCUGUUGGGACUCCACAGAGAGUGUAUUUGGUAAGGUAUGGCCUAGUGUUUGGAUGAUAAACAUUGGAUUGCUUUUUCGAUUUCUUUGGCAGCCUAAACAGACCGACCUUUUUCCACUUCAAGUAUGUCAUUUCGUCCAAGCUUUCUUCACAUUCAUGUUUCUUAACAUAAACACAGGUUUUGAGAGUGAUUAACUGUGUGUUAUAGGUCUGUAUUAAGAAAUAGAUGUUAUAUAUCUGGCACCAAAAUUUACUUGACUGCUUGGACAUGUGUUUAAUGAUGAUACAUUGAUAAUGAUUGUGGUGUAAAUUUAAACAUUAUCUUUAAGUACUUUGCUUUGACUUUGGAACAUUCAUUGAAAAUUCAAUACAUUUGUUGCUUAUUUUGUUGCACAUGAGUUUGAUGUGUCGUUGAAGAUUUUCCAUCUUAAAAAACCAAAUGCAUAAAGCAUCAGAGGCCUAUUCACAUCAAAACAAUAUAUUGUAAAGCAGGCAAUUUCUUUUAUUAUUUUAUUAUCUCACCAGAACGUUUUUGUUUGAACAGUUGUUGAUGGUCUAUUUCACAGUCCUUAUUUUGGUCAUUUGGCCUCUGUCUCAAUUAUUCUGAGAAUGUAUGUAAUGGACAGCUUGAUACAGCUAUAGGAUUAUUUCUCAUUCCGCUUGUAUAUUGAAAUUCACGAGAUCUCUAAAUAACAAGAUAUCUUAGUAAACUAGUCGUUUUGACUUGUCCAUCAUUUUGCUCCAUUAUUUUAUUAUGUUGUGAUACUAUGAGUAUUUGGAAACUGCUAUUAUGGAACAUAAUGUUAUUUUGAGAAAAGUCUGAUAUGUCAUGUAUGACACAAUGACUCUGUAGGAGAAACAGGACUGUAGUAAUGUUCCGUAGUAGCUUACCAAAUGCAGUUGUAUAUGGCACCUUGAUUUCUGCAUGAUGAGAUUUUACCCUCUUUUUUCACGUUGUGUCUUCAUUGUCUUUGAAAGUGUGAAGGUUGAGGGCCUAUUAACAGUUUAUUUAAUCUGGUCAUAUAUUGUUUUCAUUCUUAGGGCUUACUGUAUUGCUGUCUAGCCAUUGGUUCCCAAUUUAGAGUGUAAUACCUUAGUUUCUCACAAAUCCUACCAAUGUAGACAUCACGACUGUUUUGAGUAUGCUAAUGUAUCCACCCUUUACCAAAGAACUCAAUGUAUCUGCCUCCAGAGAUGAGCUUGCUACAAAACAAAAAAAUAAUUUUAAUGCAUUAUGUGUCAGCUCUUUGUGGACAAGAGCUUACUUACCUCAACAAGAUGAACAGAUACACGCUAAAAGAUGUGUUUUGUUUAACAUUAUGUUUGUCAACAAUAUUGUCAAUGAUGACCAUACAGAUAAAUCUCAACAAAAUUACUUUCAUUCCAUUGAUUUAGUGUCAUUUGGGCAAAAACAUCAAUCAAGCAUACAACAAGUAUGUAAAUGUAUGACUUAUAUUUUCUAUGAUUUAUACUGUCACUCUUUUAAUGCCUUUAUGUGUCACUGUUUAACAGUAUGUAUAUACACUCAGAGUGUUCUGGCUUACAAAGAUGUUGGUGUGAUGUUGGUUCUAUGAUAUUGCGUGUUUUGAUUUGUCUUUCACUCACAUCUUACAGUGUGUUUGUUUGAUGAUGUGUAUUAUUCCGGUUUUGAUUAUUAUUUACAUUAUACACAUUUCGCUUGAAUUGAAAAGUGAUUAUUUUUUACCUUAUCUUUGUUUUCACUUUUAGGGUCAUAUUAUAAACCUUAUAUCUGUCACUGGCAUAAAUCAACCAAAAUUGUUAUUUAGCCAUUUGUCCAUGGUGAUUGAUUGUGUUUCAUUGAAUCAAUUAAUCAAUGAACAAAGCAAAUGUUAUUGAGUGAUAUAGGCCUAUAAAGUGGCCCUUCACAAAGGAAAUUACUUACAUUUGCAUUAUAAAAUGAAGUUUAGUUUAUUUUUUUCAAAAAGAGCUGUGUUGCACUGAAACAGCUCAUCACAAUAAUGUAAUGUGGGAGCAACAUUUUCUUGUUUGACCUUAGCAUAUGUGCAUGUUAGACAAGUGUUUGAGAAGUUGUGUAAUAAAUCUUAAAUAAAUCUG